AUGCAAGCUCUGCCAGAUGUGAAAGCUCCGUGUGAGGCACUUCCCUCCCCCAGCCUGGAGCCCUACCCACAGAGCUCCAUCGUGGUCACCCUGGAGGACAUGGAUCUCUGGAUGAAGUUUCAUCAGAUCGGCACCGAGAUGAUCAUCACCAAGUCUGGCAGACGAAUGUUCCCACAGUGCAAAAUCAAAGUCUCUGGCCUGAUCCCCUAUGCCAAGUACCUCAUGCUGGUAGAUUUUGUGCCAAUGGAUAACUUCAGGUACAAGUGGAAUAAAGAUCAGUGGGAAGUUGCUGGAAAAGCAGAACCUCAGCUGCCUUGCCGCACCUAUGUCCACCCAGAUUCCCCAGCUCCUGGCAGCCACUGGAUGAAGGAACCUGUCUCCUUCCAGAAGCUAAAGCUCACCAACAACACUCUGGAUCAACAUGGACAUAUCAUCCUGCACUCCAUGCACCGUUACAAACCUCGCUUCCACAUUGUGCAGGCUGAUGACCUCUUCAGUGUCCGCUGGAGCAUCUUCCAGGUGUUCAGCUUCCCUGAGACUGUCUUCACCUCUGUGACUGCCUACCAGAACGAGCAGAUUACCAAGCUCAAGAUUGACAACAAUCCCUUUGCCAAAGGCUUCCGUGAGCACGGGAAGAACACUCGCAGGGAAGGACGAGCCAAGGGCCACAAGCCCAGCCCAGCCAAGGGCCAGAAGAGGAAGCUGCCUGAGGAGAAGGAGCCUGGUGCUGAGGACCGUGGUUUUGGGAAAGAUGAGAACGUGGAGGUGAAGGAAGAGAACAACCCUGUGGUGGUCAGCAGUGGGUACACCUUCUGGGUGCCAGAGCAGAGCAGCAGCCAUGCCUUCCCUGCAGCCUCACCCGUGCCAGCUGAGCAGAGGGAAGGGCUGCCCAGGGAGCAGCAGGUGCCAACGCCCUCCUACCAGAUCUACCGGUUCCACGAAGCUGGGGACAGCCAGCAGCCUCCCACCCGUGAUGCCGCACCCUUGAGCGACUGCCGGGCACGGUGCCACCCCUGGGACCUGGCCACGGCGCCCGAGCAUGACUGCAAGCAGCUGCCCGAGGGCUUCACCAGCCUGCCUCCGCUGCCACCGCCCCUGCCUGCCCCCCAGGACUACACAGGAGUGGUGAACGUGGCUCUGGACUCCGUGGGGAAAGCCGGGCCCCGAGCACCCCUGUACAGUGCCUAUGGCAGCGACCAAGGCCUGGGGCAGUGGAUGGUCCCUGCCCACAGCCAGUACAGGGCAGUGAGCUACUCACCCUUCUCCUCAGAGUACACUCCACAGGGGGCUCCAGGACAUGCCCACGGCACCGUGACAGAGUGGAGUCAGUACCCCCUGUUCCCCUAUGCCUGCUGGUGA